AUGAGCGCAACGCUAGCGUCACAUGCGAUUGAUGUACCAACACACUGGCGAAUUGAUCGUCAGAUUUCAAUUGACAUCGGACGUCUCGCAAAGCAGUUUCUCUCGGAUGUGAGCAAUGGUUCAAUAAGCGAGCAAUGGACGCAGUCCGUACGAAUCGAACUAGCCAAUCAAGUGAUGAAUCUGGCACGGUUGAACGCUGCCGAGUCGAACAGUUGUGAUCGAAUUGCGAUGAUAGCAACAACAUCGGCCACGCAAACAUCCUCCGAAUCAAAUACACUCAGUUCGUCGCGUCUGCAGAUCCUGAAAUCGGGCAAAUUCUGGCUCUCAGUCGCCGCCUUAUCGCUGAUCAAAGAAGCAAAAUGGUUGGAGCUGUCGUCGAUGUGGACCAGUCUUCAG